GUGGAGAAGAGCGACGUGAGCAAGUAGUGGUUAAUAAAGUACCGCAAUGGGAUGAGAAGGGGUAGGUUAAGGAUAUAUAAUGGGGAUAAUGAUGUAGCUUGUAAUGUUGAGCGCAGUAUGCAGCGGGAUUUAUGGUAGGCUUUGAAAGAGAAGCGAUGGAAGGGGUGAGAUAUGAAAAUUACAGGCGUGGUGAGUUGUGCUGGAGUUUCGGUGAUGAUGGUGAGCUCCAGGUCUGCGGCUGUAUGGGUUCCGGGCCUUGCGAGUGGUCAAGGGCUUUUUCUUCGCCCUCAACGAAUCAAUGCGAGGGGCUGAUUUCUGAUUUGUUCGGCAGGGCGAGAGUCUGGACAGCGUCCGUUUCAGGAAAUUACGCGAAAAUCCCUAGCCACAUGCCGCACGGGUUCUCAAAUAAACGCAAUCAAGGUGUAAAUAUGGUCAUGAUCCUCGGAUUGGCAGUGGAGUCGGUCGUUCUGUUGGUGCUUCUCCGUGCUGGAAGGGUGAAAGAAAGAGAGAUGGAAGAGAGGGGAUGAGCCCUCGCUUCUUUCAUCAUCCAUCGUCGAGUGAAUAGUUUGCUCUCACCGCCACCAACCACCAUCAGGACAGCUUCCUUUCCUUCUCCCCCCCUACGCUAUCCUUCCCCUCUCGCUUGGCCUAACAAACUUACUCCAUCAAACAUUUCGAUAUCUCAUCCGCCAAAUCCGCCCCCACCAGCAGCAAACCUUCCGCUUCGAAGUAGAGAAGGACGGAAAAAAACGGGUGGAGAGAUUCACCUGUUCUGGAGCAAUCAAGAGAGAGAUAAGAGGAAGCAGGAACGAGAAAGAGAAGAGAAGUUUGGGAAAUUGGGAAGAGAGAGAAAAAGGGGUUGGAGAACUUCCAAUCUCUCGUAUAUCUUUGGUUGUGAACACGACAAAGCAGUUGAUUCGUGAACAGCAGAAAAGGAUAAGGAGAAGAAGAGUAAGAAGGAAAAGGAAAAGGAGAGGAACCAGAAGCAAAGGAGGUCACGAGACUAUCCGACCAAAUUUAUUCGGAAGAGAAGGAGGGGUUUAGCCUUGUUUACAACCAUCCGUCCAUUCUUUUCUCCCUUCCAGACUGCUUAUUUCAUCAAAACUGUAUUCUGAUAUUUUUCCUCUCUCUUUUUCCUUUCCUCUUCCCUUUUAUUCUUCUGCGCUCCUGGAAGAGAAGGUUGGCAGUUUGGGUGGAUUUGAAAAGAAAGUUUUCUCGGAGACUGCCUGUUUACUUGCCUGCCCUGCCCUGCCCCACUACCGUACAGUAGUUGCGCUUUCGUGUAAAAUUUUCGGCUGUUGGGGCUAGCCAUCGCCAACCUCAAUCCAUCCUUUCAACCAACAACGACCGCCAACUACUGCCACCCUCACUACCAACCCCCCCCACUCCCCACUAGAUACAUCACAUCCUCCGUCGCCGUUAGACACGCGACAAAGGGGUAAUUCUACGAGAAAGCUUUUAUUCUCUUGACGCAUACGAGAUCUAAUUCACCUCAAUUCAUGGCUGGUAUGCCCGACGCAACCCAUCCCAAUUUAAGAACUCAGUGCUUUUUUUUUUUCUUUUCUUUUCCGUGUCGCUAACUUGGUUUUAUCUGCAGAGCCGCGUCGCAGUGUCCGUUCCACGAAGGGCGUGAACAAUCGCCUCUCGGAAAUUGGUACGGAUGUCGCGUCGCCUACACCUAAUACUCCCGUUCCUUCAAAGUCGCGAAAGAAGUCCGCUGCGAAGGGUCGCGUCACGCCUCCUCCGCAGUCCGAGUCGCCCAAGGAUGAGGUCGAGGAGAAGGGCGGGGCUGACGAUAUCAUUCGCUGUGUAUGUGGCGCAACGGAGGAAGAUGAGGAUGACGACCGGAUGAUGAUUCAAUGCGAGGGUUGUGAUGCCUGGCAGCAUACCGCUUGUGUGGGAAUUGUCAAAAAGAACAUCCCAAAGGUUUACUUUUGUGAGGUUUGCAGCCCGGAGCAUCACAAGUCUUUGUUGGCGCAAAUGGCCAAAGGGGAGAAACCUUGGGAGAGGCGCCCGGGUGGGAGACGGGCCAAGGGGGCCAAGGGAGCGAAGGGAGCGAAGGGGACCAAAAAGGGUACUACUACGCCUGUGAAGAGUCAGAAAACUGAAGUUACGCCUGCUAGAAAUCCGAAGAAGAGGGAACCGACUCCGGUUCCUGUUGUGCCAAAGGAGCCUACCCCGGUGCCCGAGCCCAAGGCUGCCCCGGCAAAGAAGGCCACCCCGAGGCGAAAGAAGGCAGAAGUGAGAAAAGAACCAGAGCCUGUUGCAGAGCCCGUUGUGGAAUCUGCGCUAAUAGUGGAGGAGGACAAGAUGGAUGUUGACGUUCCUGUUGUACCGGAAGCUCCAGCGGAGCAGACCCCUGCUCCGGCCGAGCCUUCCGAGGAGAUAGACCGUGAGCGUACGGUAUCCAUGGAAUUGUCUCCCGCAAAGGAAGCCGAAAUCCUGGGUGCUAAAAAGCCCACAGCAGUUGUUGAGAUACCGGCAGAUCCUAAGACUGUUGGGUUUGCCAAAUCUCCUGUGAUGUCUCGGGUCGAUGAUUCUCAUCCCAAGUCUCCCUUGGCUAAAUCUAAGGACCAUCGGCCAAAGGUGGAAUUUCGGAGGGACUCUGUCGUAUCUAGCAAGCGAAAGGCGACCGACGAAUCCGAUGGCGAAUACAAGGCAGAUGACGAUAAAGUACCUUCCCAAGGGCCACAACCUCAAAUUGUGCCGGCUAACAGGCAGAAGCAGCAGCCCGGUGGGAGAACUCGCCGUGUGUCUUCAGCGACUACGGUCUCUGUUGAUGCCACACCUACGAAGACGACGCCAGAACGUAGACGCUCAUCUGUACAAAAGCCGCCUCCAAAGAAAGUGAAGCAGGAGGACAAUACGCCUCAGAAGGAAUUGGUAGGGUCUGUUGAUGAACUCCGAAGUGAGAGCCGUCGUAAAGUUGUUGCACAUAUGAUUUCUUCCUUGCUCGAAAUUGCGACUAAGCUAGUCAAUGAGCAUGAUCUUCAUCUUGGAAAGGACGAGACCGCUGAGCAACUAUGUGACAAAUUAUGUCUGGAGGUAGAGCAUCAUGUUUAUUUGAUAUUCUUCAAAGAUGGUGCCCUAUCAAAGGAAUACUCUAGGAGAAUUUUUUCAAUCACACAUAAUCUCCGCGCCAACAGUUUACUGAGUACGGAGCUGCUGAGGGGUGGUGUUCAGCCGGCACAGUUGGCAGCAAUGACCUCGGAACAGAUGGCCUCUAAAGAACUUAAAGAAUUCCAGCAGCAGGUGAGAUUACAGUCGGAGAAGCAUCACACCCUAAUUACGGAGACUGGCCCGCGAAUUCGCAGAACGCAUAAGGGUGAGGAAGUUGUAGGUGAACCAAAGGAGGGGAUGUCCAAUGGGCAGGACACACUACUAUCCGGCCCAGUAUUGCCUCUCUUGGAGCACACCGACAAACCCGCGGCUUCCUCGAAAUCACCUACGGAAGAUCUCAAGGAUUCUAGUGCUACGCCUGAUCAAGGGGAUGCUGAACAGAGCACGCGACCAACUCCUAUUGACACUAAGAGUGCUGAGAAGAAUCAGUUUAACAUUGAGAAUGUCUGGAACCAUGUCGAAUCACCUGACACGGAUAAGGUCCCAAGACAGUUUGGGUUGGGUAUAGCUCCUCCUUCAGCACGCGUUGCCGGUGAUAGCAAAAUUGAUAAGGAUAUCGACAUGCUCCUGAAGGAAGAUGAUGGUACUGGGACACCACCGUACUCACCCGCGAUGUCGGAGUCGGAUCAUUAUUCACCAGCCCAGAUGGAGGAGGAAUCCAUAUGGAGAGGGCGAGUGGAAAUGAAUGGCAUAGCAAGUUUGUCUUCUACGGCUCGUCUUAUCGGGGGUCUCGAGUACGUCGGAUCGUCAAAAUGGUAUGAGCUUCUGUCAGACGUUCUACAGGUCGACGGCCGUAUAAAGCACGAUCGGGCAACGGAGUACUUGUGCGGUCAGAAGUUUUCCAAAUCCAGCUCACUUAUCAUGGCAUCGUUGACUCCAACGGACUCAAAUGCGGAUCGGGAGUUCAACAUGUUAUUUGACUAUUUUAAGGAGCGAGAUCGCUACGCUGUUGUGGGAAAGCAUUUGCUCAAGUGUAUUAAAGAUCUUUACAUUGUGCCCAUCGACACGAACGAUAAUCUUCCAGACUGGUUUAACGUGCUCGAUCCACCACCCACGGUUCCGGAGAGCGGUAGGGACAGCAGACUUCUAGUCAUCAUAUUUGUCGUUAUCCGCAGUCAUGUCGGUCUCUCGGCCACCGCUCCCACGCCGACUACGUCUGAACCGCCAUACCCACAACAGCAACAGCAACCGCAACACACCCGUCUAACAGAACAGCCAUACGCAUCCCCAAUCACACACACCCCGCAAGCGCAAUAUCAUCAGCAAUUGGCAUACUCCCCGCAAACUCCACAGCCCCAGCAGCAACAGCAACCCCCGAUAUAUAACUACCCCACGGCCCCCGGCGCCUCCUCCCCCCAGCAGCAACAGCAACAACCAGCAUACAAUACAUAUCCAUACCCUACCCACAAUGGUAGCUCUACAUCCCCACCACCCGCAUCCGCAUCCGAAACUGAGACCGCGCCAGCACCGGCGGAAGAAACCGAACUCUUGCAAAUGGCCCGGGACCUCCAACGUAUGAUUCCAGACCUCCCUUUUGACCAGCUCCUCGUGAUCAACAACAUGCUCAAGGAGAACCCGGAAAUGCAGUCAAACGAUCAGGAAAUUGUCAAGUUGGUUGAAGCUCAUCUUGGUGGCGGUAGUGUGUACUAG